CCCCGCCACAGUGCGCCAGCCUGCGCUGCGGCUGCUGCUGGGCUUCGAGCUGCGUGUGUCUGUCUGUCCGCUCUGACCCAAGGCCUCCCAAGCGCGUGGUUUCUGCUGCAGAACCUGAGACCAUGGCCAAAACAGCACAGGGCGCCAUGUACCGAGGUUCCAUCCAUGACUUCCCAGACUUCGACGCAAACCAGGAUGCCGAGGCUCUGUACACAGCCAUGAAGGGCUUCGGCAGUGACAAGGAGGCCAUCCUGGAGCUGAUCACCUCCCGCAGCAACAAGCAGAGGCAGGAGAUCUGUCAGAGUUACAAGUCCCUCUAUGGCAAGGACCUCAUCGCAGACCUGAAGUACGAGUUGACAGGGAAGUUUGAGCGCCUGAUAGUAAACCUGAUGAGGCCGCUUGCCUAUUGCGAUGCCAAAGAGAUUAAAGACGCCAUCUCGGGCAUCGGCACAGAUGAGAAGUGCCUCAUUGAGAUUUUGGCUUCCCGGACCAAUGAGCAGAUCCACCAGCUGGUGGCCGCAUACAAAGACGCCUAUGAACGCGACCUGGAGUCUGACAUCAUUGGAGACACCUCUGGCCAUUUCCAGAAGAUGCUGGUGGUACUGCUCCAGGGAACCCGGGAGAAUGACGAUGUUGUGAGUGAGGACUUGGUCCAACAGGAUGUCCAGGACCUGUAUGAGGCAGGGGAACUGAAAUGGGGAACAGACGAGGCCCAGUUCAUUUAUAUCCUGGGAAACCGUAGCAAACAGCACCUACGGUUGGUGUUUGAUGAGUAUCUGAAGACCACGGGGAAGCCCAUUGAAGCCAGUAUCCGAGGGGAGCUCUCUGGAGACUUUGAGAAGCUGAUGUUGGCCGUGGUGAAGUGCAUCCGCAGUACUCCAGAAUAUUUUGCUGAAAGGCUCUUCAAGGCCAUGAAGGGCCUGGGAACGCGAGACAACACCCUGAUUCGCAUCAUGGUCUCCAGGAGCGAGCUGGAUAUGCUUGACAUUCGGGAGAUCUUCCGGACCAAGUACGAGAAAUCUCUCUACAGCAUGAUCAAGAAUGACACCUCUGGUGAAUACAAGAAGGCCCUGCUGAAGCUGUGUGGAGGAGACGAUGAUGCGGCUGGCCAGUUCUUCCCGGAGGCAGCACAGGUGGCCUAUCAGAUGUGGGAACUUAGUGCAGUGGCCCGCGUCGAGCUGAAAGGUACCGUGUGCGCAGCCAACGACUUCAACCCUGAUGCUGAUGCCAAGGCCCUGCGGAAAGCCAUGAAGGGAAUUGGAACUGACGAAGCUACCAUCAUCGACAUCAUCACACACCGUAGCAACGCCCAGCGGCAGCAGAUCCGGCAGACCUUCAAAUCUCACUUUGGCCGGGAUUUAAUGGCUGACCUGAAGUCGGAGAUCUCAGGAGACCUGGCAAGGCUGAUUCUGGGGCUCAUGAUGCCACCAGCCCAUUAUGAUGCUAAGCAGCUGAAGAAAGCUAUGGAGGGAGCUGGCACAGAUGAGAAGGCUCUUAUCGAAAUCCUGGCCACUCGGAACAAUGCCGAAAUCCGGGCGAUCAAUGAGGCCUACAAGGAAGACUAUCACAAAUCCCUGGAGGAUGCCCUGAGCUCAGACACAUCUGGCCACUUCAGAAGGAUCCUCAUUUCUCUGGCCACAGGGAAUCGUGAGGAAGGAGGAGAAAACCGGGAGCAGGCUCGGGAAGAUGCCCAGGUGGCUGCUGAGAUCUUGGAGAUAGCAGACACUCCCAGCGGAGACAAAACUUCCUUGGAGACGCGCUUCAUGACAGUCCUGUGCACCCGUAGCUAUCCCCACCUCCGCCGAGUCUUCCAGGAGUUCAUCAAGAUGACCAACUAUGACAUAGAGCACGUCAUCAAGAAGGAGAUGUCUGGGGACGUCAGGGAUGCAUUUGUUGCCAUCGUUCAGAGUGUCAAGAACAAGCCUCUCUUCUUUGCUGACAAAUUGUACAAGUCCAUGAAGGGUGCCGGCACGGAUGAGAAAACCCUCACCAGGGUGAUGGUCUCCCGGAGCGAGAUAGAUCUGCUCAACAUCCGGAGGGAGUUCAUUGAGAAAUAUGACAAGUCUCUACACCAAGCCAUCGAGGGCGACACCUCUGGAGACUUCCUGAAGGCUUUGCUGGCUCUCUGUGGCGGAGAGGACUAGGGCUGCUGUCCUCGGAGGUCCCCUCUGCCAAGCAGCGGCCAAGAGCACCAGCCACCGUGACCUGACCAAGCCAUCCUCCAGCUUCAGAGACUGAGGAAGGAAAAGUGAGGGGUGGAGUUGGACUGUCGUCCAGCUGGGGCACUCGCCAGCCAUCGAGGGUCCCAGGCGGUACCUUCUGUUAUCCCUCCUGCUCCUGGCUGAGUGGCUGGGGAGCCACAGCCAUGUACCGAAUUCACCCCUGCUCGCCCUCCACCCCCUCCUCAGCCCCUCCCUAGCUUUCACUCCUCAACAUAAGCCCUGCCCUGAUUUGAACUUCAUCAUAUCUCAAAACAUACCAAGACCCUGUCUAUAAAAUGA